GUGGGCAGAGGAUCACUGUGUCCAAGUACAUUUUCUGCAGGAGCUGGAGACACAGCAGUGCUGUAACCCUGGCCAUCCCUGUGCAGAGCCGUGCCAAGCCCUCGCUGUGGGGAUGGCUCUCGCUCUUGCCCUGUGCGUGGCACUGCUGCUGGGCUCACAGAAGCAGCAUUGCCUGCUCCCAUUCCACACUGUGCUGCUGCUUGUUUCUGAUGCUUUACUUGGGUGAGUGGUUGCCUGUGGCUGAUCAGCCGCUUGCUUCCUGCUCCAUACUGCUGGAGGAGCAGCCAGAGAAACCCCUUGUCCCUGCGCUCCCACACCAUCCAGCAGCUGCUGGGGCUGAGUGAGGUUUGGUGGGUUGUAUUCAUCCGUGUGUGCAAACAGCCAGGUGGGGAUUCCCCUGCUCACCUGGAAAUCCGAUUCUCUUACCAAAGCCUGCAGUUUUGGGCUGUUUCUGGACAGAGAGUCAAUAGUGCAUGCCUGUGGUGUGUUCUCAUACUACUAGAAUUUAUUUGUUUCAUUAAGCAGAGUUCCGAAUGUUUUCUAAUGCACUGUGAAAUGCAGCGAGAGGUGGUUGCAGGUAGCUGGGUGUGAUAAAGCAAGUUGAGUGAUGCAAGGCAGGAUGCUUCAGGCCCUUCUUUGCUGGGGCAUGUUUGACUCCUUGCGCUCGAAGGCUUAGUUUGGUCAUUCUGUAACUUGUGCAGCUCUUGCAAAGUCCUUGGGAAAUAUGUUUCUAUGGAAUUGCUUUCCAAUCAUUUUUGAGUCUCUGAUCUUAUUUAAUUCCACAUCAUUUGGACACAGUGAUAAAAACUCAGCACAGCUACUGAUUAAAGUAGGUGUAAAAAUGGGUGCUGGGGUCUUGCUGCAUGCCUUGCUGUGAACGCUGCCUUGCCAGGCAGUACUGCUUGUUUUGCUACGAUUCCUCGUGCCCCAUAACCAUGCAUUUUGAAUCUACUGAUAUAUUCAGACUUGGGGAUGGCAGACUGUAGCUAAAUACAUGCAGAUUAUACGCCUCCACUACCGCACAGGAUACACAUCAAACACCUUUCCUGCUUCAGGAACACAGAAACCCUUCCCUGAAGAAAAGCCAGCCCUGUGCAGAGCACUGCGUGCGAUGGCUUCCAGGUAAUUGGGUUGCGGUGUGCGUGUCUCUGCCACCAGUUUUAUGGCAACGCCUCUGCAUCUGUUUAGACGUAAUGUCAUUUUAGAUGCUAUUGGUGCUUUCAAAUCAACUUCUCGUCUUGCUUUUAUAUUUGCAGCGCUCAGAUGCACGUCUACUGAAAAAUGCAGGAUGCAGUCAGUCGACACUGCUUCUUUCAAAUUUUUGCAGCAUAUGGAAUAACUCCUCUUUAAAACAAACACAAACAGAUUGUAAGUGUAAAGCACACAAACAGCUGUCUAGACAGAAACUGCUGCAAGACAUGUAUAGCAGGGCUGAUACUACUACUGAACUCUGGUUUUAUUAAAUAUUAUGUCAGAAGGAAAAAGUGAAAAGUAUUUGAAAUUUAAGCUUGAGUCAUGUGGAUGCAAAUGUUCAGGGAGUCUCACAGCUCAGUGUUUUGGCAUCAUAUAGCUUCAGGAAAUCUUUCAAGGCAUCAAAGUUUUUAUACCAGUUUGCUACUAUAAGUUUGCAGCAGUCAGAGAUCUUUCAAACAAAGCUCAGUGAAAUGCAGCAAGCUCAUCUGGCACCACUUAGCCUGUGCCUUUUUUCUGUGUUGUUUAUUCUUUGUAGAAAAUGAAUGGCUCUGGAAAAAUGCUAAUUUUGGGAAGCAUUCUGUGACCAAAAGAAAAUCAAAAUCAGCGACUGUCUUGAGGAAGGUCCUCUGGGAAAUGAUCAAGGGUUCAUUUAUAGUGUACUACUAGUUUCUGUUUAUGAAGCUGACAGCCUGUUUGAUGACCAAGACAAAUAAAAAGAAAUAAUAAAAAAAAAAUCAAUGGUUUCCUUGAAGAAAGGCAGUCAAAGCCCAAAGCAUUCAGUCUAAAUAGUCCUGGAUUUUAACUGCUUUGUUGUGUUGGUUUUUUUUUGUGUUUUUUUUUCCUCUCUGUUCCUUGAUGGCGGUCAGUAGGACAGUUAAUAGCAGCAGGCCCAGAGCUCUGCCAUUGCCUUCCACGUGUGGUCUGCAGCAGGCAGGCCUUCAGUAGGGCUGCAGGGGCUUCGUGCUUGGGUCUGCAUGGUGGUGGCUGCUGGGUGAGAGCCCAGCCUGAGAGCAUGUGGAUGUGGAGCUGGAAGAUCCCUUCAAGCAAGAUUUAAUACUCUCUUUCUUUUGCACAGUGCUUUCAUGUAUAAUAAUUGAACUUAUUUGCACUUCAAAUAAUAGAUGGAAAGUUACAGGUGAGGUUAUUAUGCUGGGCUAUUCCCGAUUAAGUGCAUAAAACACUUUGAGCAAAGAUUUUGUAUGUGGGAGACUGUAAAGUGUGAAAAGACCAAACUUGGGCUUUCAUGAUUUCUUUUUCUUGCUGAAUAUUGAAAAUGGAAAAUCCCAAUGCAUAAAAUCUUUGAGGGAUAACAGAAAAAAUAAUUAAAGUUGUGGAUUGUGUGUGGGAAGUUUUUCACUCAGAGGGUGGUGAGGCACUGGCACUGCUGCCCAGAGAGCUGUGGGUGCCCCAUCCCUGCAGGUGCUCGAGGCCAGGUUGGAUGGGGCCCUGGGCAGCCUGAGCUGGUGCUCCACCUAGCGAUCAGCAUCCCUGCCACCCACCUCACUGAGGGACAUUUAAUGACUGAACCGUGCUGUGAGCGCAGGCUUCUCAGUGCUGCGGUGCUGAAGCUGCUUUGCCCCUCCGUAGUGUUGGGUCUGUGCCUUGCCGGAUGGUUUUCAAAUGUCUCCUCACGUGAAAACAUUUUCUCCAGAUACAUUUGAAGAGAGUUGCCAAGAACACUGAAAACAGAUAGAAAGUUAAUUAAAUGUCCUGGAGCUCAAAUUGUAGCCGCUUCUUUCUUCCUGCUCCAGGCUCCCUCUGGGCUUGAGAGAUGGAUAUUCCAUACAUUUUGUUUCAAGUGUUCAAAAAUGACCUGGCAGUAUGUUUCCAAGUAUUCAGAGCCUCUGUUUGGGGCCAGGCUAUUCCAGAGAGCUUUUUACCCAGUGGACUGAGCUCUUCUGAAGACUUGGCCACUCAUUCAGUGCCUGGAGAGAAGUCGUGUUCAGAACCCUGUCCCACUGGUGGAGGAGCUUCCCUGAAGGUCUUGCAUUGGGUAGUCCCAGCUCCACUGGGGUCAGUACCAACAUUCAUGGGCACGAGUGGGUUUUGGGGCAGCAAUUCUAUGAAUUGGGCUGUUUCAGGGGAUCGAGAGGGCUUGGACUGGGGGGUCAAGGCCUGGCACAAGCCUCCCCACACAGCGUGUUGGCAGAUGACUGCAGAGGUUUGCUUUCAUCUUUCAGAAGAUUGUCGGGGAGAAGUCAAAGCCAGGAAGGGAGAAUGGAUCUUGGCAGUGUGGUGCUUUGCAGCUAAGGGCUUUCAGAAUGUCCAAGGGGCCGAGUGAAGUUUCCAUGGGGUUGUGUGUGAGGGCACUCAGGCAGUGCUGCCUCCUGGUACAAAAGCAGGCAGGUCAACAUAUUUCUCAUCUGUAGCUAUUUUAAAGGCAGAGGUGAACCCAGACCUAGAAGCACUCGCAUAUAUGUGUGGAAUGUAAAGUGAGAUGUUUCUGUGAUGUUUGCCUGGCUUGCUUAUUCUGAAGUAUCCAUGUUGCUUUCUGUGCGUCCGAUCCCAGCAGGUUGAAUGACAGUAAAUCAGCUGCAACUAUAUACAGUUGUAACUAUAACUUAGAGCAACAAAAAAAGUAGAAGCUUGAAUCUUGUCUCAGUGCCUUUUAGGAGAAGGCUGUACAGCAUGGGUCUGUGCAGGCUUUAGUUUUCACAGCUGGGCUCUGUUGUUUGGGUUAGAACAGAAGGAAGGAUAUUCUGAAAGUUUUAUGCUGUUCUUCUCUACAGUUUUGCUGAAAGGGGCCAUUGAGCUUGGUACUGUGUGUUUGGGAAAACCCUGAUAGUAAAGACAGCGUUGGUGCCUCCUGCUAAAAGGAGCCAUGGAGCAAGCAGCAAAUCCAUGGGCUACUGCCUAAGCACAGCCAGGUCUGUGUUCAGCCUGUACCCUGCCCCACUGCUGCUCCUGGCUGAUGCCUUGGGUUUCCCCUGAAUGUCAGCACGGUUUCCUUGCAGCACCAUCACUUUCUAGGGAGAAAUGCACUUACUCUGUGGCUGGAGGAGGCUCGUCUCUGCAGAUAGCAAGAUGCUUGUCUGUCUGUUGUUUGGCUGAGGUAGGCUGGCCAGGGCUGAGGAACAAGGUGAGCAUGGAUUUAGGAAGGAGAGGGUUUAAUCCCUGUAAAAUUCUUUGGUAAAAUCACAGGAACAAGCUGGCAAGGAAGUUGGUGAGAAGAAGAGGAAAAAGAACUAAUAUCACACAUGAGAUGGGUGUUAUUUACAAAUCUGUUUUGAAGCAGACUUGAUGGUUUGGAACGUACAGAAAGGUAUGGGUGCUACCUGGAUUUGAUCCUCUGCUCACUGGGGUAUCAGGGUAUCUGUUUAUCUUCCACAGCUCGAGGUCAAAUGAAAAUAACAUUUACGUUCAGCUCUGAAGAAUGUAACUCCACAAAGUUCACUUCAUAUGUGUUCUUGGUGUUUUUUUGGAGGACCAAAUUCACCCUGCAGAAGGCCAGGUGCUGGCCAGUCAUUACCCUAGCACGUGGUGUGUGUGUACCCUACAUGAGGAAAAGCUCAGGUGCAGCAAUGCCAGAUGAGCGUUGGAGCGUGGCAUUGAGACCAGCUGACAGCAGCUGCAAGUUGAUUUGAGAUACCUGGUUUGGUCUCUCUCAUGUUGAUGGAGUGCCAGUGCCAAGAUCUGUGGAAUGGAUUCUGUUUUCUACAAGGUUGGGCGGUUUGCUUUGAUAAAUCAAUGCUAAAUCACUUAGAUUUAAGAGUGCAGCCUUAUCUCAGCACAUAGGGAUAUGCCUUUGAAUCCAUUAACUUUUAUCUUGCCAUUUGAGGUGGCAGUAUAACUUCUCAGUGGUUUAUAACAAAUGUUAGGAAGUGUUUUCCUGUGAGUGACUGUUUUGUUUUGAUUUUGUGCUUAGAGGUACUUAAGAGCCCUGAAGCUUGGUUCUGGGACGUGUAACAUUUUCAAAGGGCAAUGUUUUAAGCUUGUACCUCUAAAAUCCUGACUUGAUGUGGAAGGAAGAAUUCCACAUUUCUAAAGGUUGCAGGAGCCAUGGUGGGUCCUCCUGCUGACUUUUGCUGUCUUCAGUUUCCUCUUUCUGGUUGCUUUGAGGCUGCACGUGUCUGCCUGCACCUCACCUCUGCUUCCACAGAGUCCCACACCUUCUGGCUUGGGAUGCACGUUUCCAAGGAGUCACCCCAUUGCAAGGAAGUGGGGGUUUUGUUUUGCUUAACUGCUGCCAUAGAUAGAGUUUAGAUCGCUUCCUGGUGGGUGUCUGUUGGAACUGGGUGCAGGAGAUGGCUUGAUUAGAAACACUGGGAUUGUGCAGGGUAUGGAGAGGCAAAGGGCAGGCAUUCUGUGGGCCACAGUGAGCCUUGUGUCAAGGAGACUGCCUUUCAUAAUCAAGGGAGAGAUAACUGUCAAACUGUUCUUGACUCUGUAAGGAAAGUUGUUUCUGAAGAGAUGGUGAGUUGCAGUGUGGUGCAGAGAGGUCACUGCUUGGAAAGAACAUUCUGGCUGGGGAAUUGCACCCCGUGGCCAGAAGGGCUGCUGCUGGGUGUCUGAGCCCAGGACAGGGCUGCGGUGGAGUCUUGAUUGGUGAAGGUGUCUAGGCAUCUUUAUCAGCAUCAGGAGAGGCUUUGGACCAACGUGAAGUGCUUCAUGGGUACAUGGAGCUGUUGAGUGUAUGGCAACUGGAUGUUCUCUUGUGUGGGAGCCGCCAUCUGGGCACCAGUGGGGCCUGGGGACGGCCUAGCCCACAGCCCUGUUGGCACAAACCUCGCACUGGAGCAGCUUGGUUCUGGCUGGCUACGAGAAACACAAAUAUUGUUAAAUGAUUUCCAGAGGGCUUUUAUGUUGUCCUUUCAAUUUAGGAUUUUUAUUUCUCAACAGCAGAAGCUAUUUGUGGCUGCUUACACGAUAUUAGAAAAAUAGCCACACGCAGGGAGGAGCAUUAACCGGGGAAAUGUCCGUAACUGGUUUGUGCUGCAGCUCACUACGCCGGCUCUGGAAGUAACAGUCUGACCUUUAGUUUCUCUGUUAUGGUUUGAGGGUUUUCUUACGUGUAUGUGAAGCUUUCCAAGAUAAACGAAGUGAAUGUGGUUUGGCAUUUAAAUCACUGAUGUUGUAUCAAGCUAGAGAAUUUCAGAAGCCAUUCAUGUCUAAAUAUAUGUCAUUUUGUUCGUGUGGGGAUAAACUUUGCCCCUGUCUAUCUAUCUGCAGAUCUUUUUCUGGUCCAAAUUCAGAUCUUGAUAAUGUCGGAAUAAAUCUAAAUGGCAUUGCUAAUGUCAGUGGAGCUGCUCUGGAUUUCUUCUUCUUUGAGAAGAAACUGUGUGUGGAUUUGAGAGCAUCCAAGUUGUACCUGUUUUUUUUUUAUUUUUAAGUAGAUACAUGUGACUGUGAAAGGGUUCAAUGUCUAGGGAAGCCAGACUGAGCGUUUCUGUAUUACUCCUUUUGGAACGUGUUAUGUUACUGAGGUCAUUCGCGACUGAGCCCUGCGCUGUUUGGAUAAGGGGCUGUUACGUAUCCGACCGGAACGUCUGUGUCAUGCUGUGGGCUUGGAGCUGUUUGCUUUGGGGUGGGGGGGAACCACUUCACAAAAUUUUUGUGGGUACGUUAAUAAACCUGGCAGUCACUCAGCUCCUCCCCUCCGUGAUGGAAGGGGACAUGGUUUCAGGUCUGUGGGUGCCAUGCUGGGUCCCCAGGUGAAGGCUGGAGCAUCCCUGGCUCUUGGCCCAGCCCCUGCUGUGCCCACGGCUGCCUCCUGCCCUCCCCUGGGCUGCGGGCUGCCUUCAGCAGAUGUUUUCAGGUUUCAGUUGAAAAAUGUCUUUCUCAUGUGUAAAUACAGUCUCUCUCUGAUGCCUUUUCUUAUUUUCAUGUUUUCUCAUUAAAUUUUCAUCUGUUUGUUUCUUCAAAGGGUUUAAAAUGCCAACCCUGGUUCUCCUUACGGAGCUGAAGUUAGUGAGCGAUCUGCCUCAACCUGAGAGAAACACUGUUCCAAUUCUUUCUUAUUCUCAAAACUCACUUUCAGACCAUGUUAAAGACCAAGCUGAAUGUCCUAACUCUUCGGAAAGAGCCUCUCCCGACAGUGAUCUUCCACGAACCAGAAGCCAUCGAGCUGUGCACCACAACACCCCUCAUGAAGACCCGGGCUCACACUGGAUGCAAGGUUACAUAUUUGGGUAAAGUUUCCACAACAGGGAUGCAAUUUUUGUCAGGCUGCACAGAGAAACCAGUCAUUGAAUUAUGGAAGAAGCAUACACUUGCCAGGGAGGAUAUUUACCCAGCUAAUGCUCUUCUGGAAAUUCGCCCUUUCCAAGUCUGGCUGCAUCAUCUAGACCUCAAAGGCGAGGCAACAGUCCACAUGGAUACCUUUCAGGUAGCACGUAUAGCCUACUGCACUGCUGACCACAACAUCAGCCCAAACAUCUUUGCUUGGGUCUAUAGGGAGAUCAACGAUGACUUGUCCUACCAGAUGGACUGCCAUGCUGUAGAGUGUGAGAGCAAGCUGGAGGCCAAGAAGCUGGCUCAUGCCAUGAUGGAGGCCUUUAAGAAGACUUUUCACAGCAUGAAAAGUGAUGGCCGGAUCCACAGGAAUAGCUCAUCAGAGGAAGUGUCUCAUGGAUUUGAAUCUGAUGAUGGCUGACUGAACUCAUUCAUGAUUCAGCAAAGGCAGAAAUGGCCUAGGGAAUCAGAGCUGAUAGAUGAAUAAGCAACAGAUAAAGUUGGGGAACAAAAAGACUGCCAAACCCUUGGCUGACUAGCUUUUUAAAUCAAGAGAGUAAUUUGGUACCUAAAGAUAUGCAUCAUUGAAGUAAAUACAUUACAUUGAAACCUGCUGCUGUUGGAAACAUGAGGAAGAAAACUUCCCCCUCUUUUGCCCCAGAUGUCUUGCACCCACUCAUUGCUGUCCCUUUCUCAUCUCUGUAGUUCAGGUGCAUACUGCAAAGUAGAGUCAUUCCUGUUUAUCUUAAAAGACUGGACAGGCAAUAUUAUUAGUUGCUCCUCUGGUGUUCCUAGCUGGGAGCUGACAAUGAUGCAGAAGAGCAAGUAGACCUGGAAAGCCCUAACAGCUCCUGAAGAAUCUCUCUCUGUGAUGCAUCACAAAAAUCAUUUGACCAUACAUAGGCUAAGACAGCCAUACAUAGCCUUUUAGACUAGCAGCCUGACAUUCUGCAGUUAAUUCACAUUUCACAGAUUAAAGAAUGAAAAAAGAUGCUUGUAUGUACACAUUAUAUCAUAUGCUAUCCUUUAUUUUAUUCAUUGUACCUAUUUUCUUAAUAUACCUGCUGCCACCUUUUUCACUCAGCACCAGUAGUUGCAGACUGCAGGAUACCAAAAAGGGUGGGCCAAACUCCCAUGGUGACUAGGAGUACAGCAAGCCAGCACCCUUAUUUGGGCAUUUUCAAGCCCUUAUUUGCUCCCCAAGUGAGUGGCCCACUGGUAAAGAGUUGAGGGACUCUUGGGUUUAUUGUCAGUGUUUGAACUGUGACUUCUUAUCAACCUCAGGUCUGAAGUGGUACGAAGAUGAUAGCCUCAACUCUGUGUUCUGUUGGCCCUGGUUGGAUGGAGCUGAUGCUGCCUAGUCAGGAAGCCAGGGCUGCAUUACCAUAAAGAUCGAAGGAAAAAGUCCAGUAAGAGCCAGAUUUCAGUAUCUGUUCUGGUUGAGAAGCUCAUGUUAAGAUUCUCAUACCUUUCCUUGUUCACAGAUAAAGAAUCAUGCCUUUCUUAAAUGCAGAUGUUUAAUAAAACUCAGAUAAAAGGAAAAACUUGUUUCACUUGAUAUUUUUUAAGGCCAAGAGCAGAUCAGUACUUUGCAAGUAAUGCUGCUCCUUUAUACAAUGCUAUUUGUAAUUGUGGUACUGUUAGGGGCACUGGGGCACCUUACAGAAGCCUUAAAAGAAAGCUAAUUGAAGCAGAUAGCUCACUCUCUGUGUUUUGUGGGUUUAUAUGUUUGUAUGUGAGUGUGUAUGUGCGAGUCCAGUGUUGAAGCAUGUAGAUUGAGCAUGGAGAUAUACUGAGGAGGGCCCAAACCCCUUGAAAAUAUGCUUAUUGCUUUACAAUGUAUGUAAACUAUUCUGCAGCAUAAAUGCAUUCAUACUUUAAUAAAAAAAAUGUUUGAGUUAAA